UCGAGUGGACGACUGUGUAGGUGAGCCAGGAGGAUUAUCCGGGUGGGAAGACCGUACACGGGUAAUAACGAGAGAAAAUAAUUUGGGGCAACAUCAAGCUAGUAUUAGCGAGGAGGAAACUCUAGCGUGGGCGGACGGCGAGGACAGCUCUGAUUCUGAGGACAGUGAAGAGGGAGUAGAGUGGGAUUUUGGCGCUUUUCGACGGAGAUCUUCGGUUGCAAGCGCUCGAUUGCUACGCGGCAGGUUAGCGAGAAAUUCUGUUGUGGCCGCGGCAGUUGCCCCCCUCAAUACCGUAGGGAUGGCAGCCCAAAUCAAAUUCCAGACUCCACCCACAUUCACCGGUCGGGAUGGGGAAGACGUAGUGAGUUGGAUCCAUCGCUACGAAAAGGUGGGUAGAUACAACCGAUGGGGUGAAAACGAGUUACGGGAUCACAUUGAGCUGUCAUUAGAGGGGGCUGCGGGCAAAUGGUAUGCGUGCAUGGAGGCAACGGGCAAUCUUCCCAAUGCGUGGUCGGACGUACAAGGGCCCCCGGUGGUCAGGGGAGUUAAAUCGACACUGUUGACACAGUUUACGCCCGUAAACUAUGUGCGACAUAACGAGGCCAAAUUGCGUGCGAGGAAGCAGGGAAUUGAGGAAUCGACCCUGGAGUACUACUACGACGUGCUUGAUCUGUGCAGGAGGGUAAACGCGCGUAUGGCCGAAGCCACGAAGCUAGCGUAUCUCUGGCAGGGGUUGAGACCUAGUGUACUAGAACAAUUAUGGAGCUUAAAGCCCACUAACUGCGAUGAGUUCCUCCAGGAAGUAAAGCGCUUCCAGGAGAUGACCGAUCGAGGGAAGCAAUACGAGUGGGCUAUGGGAGUUAUGGGAAGGGAGGAAAGACCCACGCAUGACCCAUCGCAGCAAGAUGCAACGGUAGAAACGAGGUUGGAAAAAAUCGAGAGAAUGCUGGGAGUUAUGGGAAGGGAGGAAAAACCCACGUAUGACCCAUCGCAGCAAGAUGCAACGGUAGAAACGAGGUUGGAAAAGAUCGAGAGAAUGUUGGAGGAAUUAAUGUAGAGAAGAAAAAGAGCGGCGUGAAAGCAGCCGGAGACAGAGAAGGAGAAGCAGAGGGGAGGACUUGGCCAAGCUGAAGACCCAAUUGGUAGAGAAGAGCGACACUGCAUGGAAAUUCUUCGAUGGCGGGAGCGGUUGACUUGCUGAAAGUGGAAAAAUCCCCCAACUUAUGUUAUUUUAUGAACUCAUGUACUUUUUUUUCUCUCUCUCUCUCGGUUGAUGUUUGGCAAGGUAUUGUCUUUGUAGAGUGUAGAGGGGUCAAAUGUUCCCCAUGGUAUGUUGAGUUUUUGGGAUAUAGAGUCUUAUAGGAAAGUAAUAGCGGUCGGGACGACUCGCUAUCUAGGGAGGGAGAUGUCGCGGUUAUUUGAGGCCCCAUGGACUAGUUGUCACGUCCGGCGCUUCUGUAUCGGCUAUUGACCGCAACUCUACCCGAGAUGUCCGG